CAACACCAAUAGCCAUCAUACCCAAUAGUCAACAACCUAUACCUUCUACUAUCAGUAGUGAACUUAUCAAUCUAGUCUCCACUCCAAGUGGAUUGGUUGUCUUAGACGUAUCUGGUGGAAUUCUCUUGAUUUUAUCGACUCCACCUAGCUAUUAUGCAUCGACGGAUCCGAAUCUAGCACCGGGCUCUAUUGCAAUACCAUCCAUUAGUACAACACAAAGUUGUCUUGUUGGUAUGAUGAAGGGUGACGCAGGACUUCAUCCCUGCUCUCUUUGUCCUAGGGGUUGGAGAAGUUCAGUAGGUAGCAUCAACUGCACAGUCUGUAAUGCAUCGACAUUCUGUCCACCUGGUGCUGUUGCUGAAGUGUCACAAACCGAAUUACAAACGAUUUCGCAAGCAUAUCCCUAUUACAAAAAUCCAGACACAACACAAUGCCUAGUCGAACCUAUGUGA